CAGAGACGCGCAGAGGGAAGUGGAUUUAUUCCAGCGCUGGGCUCCCGGGUCGUCUCUGAGGCCUUCGACGGCCUAUUGGCAGCCCGGAGAGGUUUGGGGUCACCGGGACUAGCGAGGCUCCAUGGCUGAGCGAAGGAAGGGACAGACGUAAAGCGGCUGGAGCAGGACAGCCUUCUAAUAUCAUGGUGCGGAAUGGAGGCCGAUUACCCCGCUUUUGAAAACCCGCUCUGCGGCGAGCUCAAGCACAUUUGCCAGAGGAUCAAAGAGACCUAUAAGGAGAUCAAAGAAGAUCUCACCCCUUACAAGGAUGAUCGUUACUACAGAUUGGCUCCAAUGCGAUUAUAUACCCUAUCCAAGCGCCACUUUGUUUUGGUCUUUGUGGUAUUCUUCAUUUGUUUUGGCUUGACUGUUUUGAUAGGCAUCGCAGGUCCCAAUGUCAUUGAGUGCAUUCCAGAAACACCUGUGAUGAAUAAUGGUUCUAAGAGAAAGCUGUUUCCUUUAAGUUCGCCACCAGUAUCUACUUAUAAUCAACAGCUAUGGCUUACCUGUACUGUGCAUUUGGAACAACCUAAUGAUAACAAUUUGGAAGGCUUGAAAAUCAGUUUUAUUAUGUCGGUUACAAUACGUGGUGUACUGAAGAAUGGAAGUGUACGAUAUUACAACAAAGAAAAUCGUAACCGGACAAGGACAUUUAACUGUGCUAAGCAAUGUGAUGAAAUUAUUGUGGUUCAUCUUGGUUAUUUGAAUUUCACUCGUUAUGAUAUCUCUGUUGCCUUUGAGACGUUUUCUCAUAUCUACCACCUCAAAAAUUACAACUUCACUUGGAAAACUUAUAACCCAGCCUUCUCACAAGUGGAAAUCUGGUUCCGAUUUGUCUUUGUAGUUCUUACUUUCAUAGUCACAUGUCUCUUUGCUCACUCCCUGCGCAAGUUCUCCAUGCGAGAUUGGGGGAUAGAGCAGAAGUGGAUGUCAAUCCUCCUCCCUCUGCUAUUACUUUAUAAUGACCCAUUUUUUCCCCUCUCGUUCCUAAUCAACAGCUGGUUUCCUGGAAUGCUGGAUGACCUCUUUCAGUCCUUGUUUUUGUGUGCAUUGCUGCUGUUCUGGCUCUGUGUCUACCAUGGGAUCAGAGUGCAGGGAGAAAGGAAAUGCAUGACCUUUUAUUUUCCCAAACUCCUUAUUGUUGGUCUCCUGUGGCUGGCUUCUGUUACACUAGGCAUAUGGCAGACGGUCAAUGAACUACAUGAUCCAACAUACCAAUAUGAGAUUGACACAAAUAACUUUCAGGGGAUGAAAAUCUUCUUCCUUGUGGUGGCAACAGUAUACAUUUUGUACCUUUUGUUUCUGAUAAUCAGGGCAUGCUCAGAGCUUCGGCAUAUGCCCUAUGUUGAUCUCAGGUUGAAAUUCUUGACCGCGCUGACAUUUGUAGUGCUUAUCAUUAGCAUUGCUAUAUUUUAUCUGCGUUUUGGAGCACAGGUUUUCCAGGAUAAUUUUGUGGCUGAGCUUUCAACCCAUUAUCAUAAUUCUGCAGAAUUCUUAUCAUUCUAUGGCUUAUUAAAUUUCUAUCUGUAUACAUUAGCCUUUGUGUAUUCACCGUCAAAAAAUGCCCUGUAUGAAUCUCAGCUGAAAGACAAUCCUGCCUUUUCCAUGUUGAAUGACUCAGACGACGAUGUCAUCUAUGGGAGUGACUAUGAAGAAAUGCCACUUCAGAACGGCCAGGCUAUCAGAGCCAAAUUCAAAGAAGAAUCGGACAGUGAUUAAGUUUGCAUAGGAGCAGCCAGGAAUAUGGAACAAGUGUAACUUUACUUUUCCCAAGGUCAAGAGAUCCUUGCUUUUGGUGGAAAUAUGUCUUUUAUCCCAGUCAUUUUUCUGUUUACAAAACUAAAAUGGAUAGAGGUGGGAAAUGUUUAGUAACAUUUAUUUUUAAGAAACUUGUUCUUGCUCUGCAGCAAACAGCAAAAGUCUGGGGAUCAUAAUGUGAUUGACUGAUUGUAGUUGGAGCCAUUGUGGAUGAUGCUUCUCUGACAGGCAUUUCUUUUACCUCAUCUUCAAACAUAAAUAAAAUAGCCUCUUUUGCAACUUUCUUAUCCUCACUAGAAAAAAUAAACUAUUGAACUUCAGCACAUUAACGAUGAUACCAAUUAACAGUGCACUAGAAAUACCUCUUUACUCUUACCCUUUAAUCUAAAUGGAUUCUGUGAAUUAAUUUCAUUGUAUUAACAUACUUCACAGAAUCUGUAUUUUCUGUGCUUUCACAGCAAAUCUUCCUCCUUCUCAAUCAUUCCAGUAACCCUUUUACACAGACUUGAAGCUCUUACAUUAACCUGCAAAAUAAAAUUGAGUGGCAUGUAAGAAUUAAUGCCCUGUUUAAACUGCAAGAAAAAUUGAAUGCAUUUCCACUGGUCACCCUUGAAUUUUGAUAAAUUUUCAUUUCUUGCUUUGUGGGUCUUGUUCUAACAUAGUUCAAGAUUCAGGAGCAGCCUGACUCUUACUUAAUUCCAUAGCCUCAUUAGAAAGCACUUCCAGUUAGAAAGCUGAGGGGAAAGAGUAUUCCCUGCUCUGUCACAUGUAGAUCGGGUGGUCCUUCAAUGCAUGCAAGCAAUUAUAGUAAGGAGAUGCUUAGUAUGCAUGCAGGACUCUGGAUCCCAGCCAUAGCCAAGUACUUGAUAAAAACUGAUAUAAUUCAAGGCUAUUAAUACACUGUAAAUGAUAAAGUCAGUUAUUUUUGUAAGUUACUCAAACACAGAUAAGACGUAAAAAGAUGAAGUGCGUUUUGCAGGUCAGACGUUCCAGAUGUAUAAUUGUAUGAUCAGUCCAAUACUGUGUACCACUAUAAAUCAGUUCACACAUCUUUGGUGUUUUGUAUGUGAGGGGCUCAGCUUUCCUUUACUGUAAACACUUUAAACAUACCAAGCUGUAGUGUAUAAUCUAAAGUGGUAACACUACAAGCCUUCCUCUAAUGUGCGUACUACUGACUCAUCGAUGACUCAUGAAAACUUAAUUUUUAAAGUAUAUAUUGUUUUAGAUUAGUUUUGGUUGCUUUUCUAAGGUUUGCAUUCAAUUUGUGUAAAAGGAUUUUUAAAAAAAAGCCUAUUCCUCCCUCUGUAUCCCAGAUAUGCUGUGGAGGUUUCCCUAACCCCUCUGAGCAUAUUUGAAGUUGGUGACAGAGAAAGUUGCAAGUAGAUUCUGCCAAUGGUGUCUUGCUAACAAAUGGCAUUAGAUACAACACUAAGGCCUCCAAGUUUCAUUUAAUGUGGUUUGCAAGUUAUUUUCUCUUGAAUUCAUUAAUGUUUCUCUAGAAUUGUGUAUUCAGUUCAAUGCCCCUAAAGUUCAUUCAGACUAAGGAAUUUCAGGUGGCUUUAGUUUUCAACUUGGUAAUAUAGCUGUAAGUUGAAUAUCACUGCAACUUGCCUGCACUCAUUCAACCAAGUGAAAAUGUCUAGCAAGCGUAACACUAUUUCCUACACUUUUGAUCACUUUUCCCUAUUUGUAAAAUGUUUGCCUGACUGUUGACAUUUUAGAUAACUAGAACUAUCUGUCCUGGAUUUAUUACCUUAAGGAGGCAUUGUCAGCAAGAAAAUCAAGCACUUUCUUAAAUCUCUCCCUCUAAAACAGUAAGAUUAGAAUUGCAUUGCACCAUUUAUCUUGCAGAAUUUUGUAAAUUGUAAACUUGUAUUCUUUAUGAGCUAAGAGUUUUCUGAUGAAUUUGCCUGGAUUAGUUUCUUUAAAUGGUUUAGUAAUUGCAUGGGAUGAAUUAGGUACUUGUCUCUCUGUCUUUUUGUUCUUAUCCUUGAAAAGAGAUGAGUCCAUCUGCAUUUGCUUUAAACCCUUUUGCAAGGAACAAGUGUAUUACUUGCCUUUUUUCAUAUGUACUGUGAUUAUUUUUCAGCCUUAGAAAGCUCAUGAGGAAACUGCCAGAACACACAAUAUGAGAUUUAACUGGGAAAAUCCAAUGAAGAUGAGUGCUGUCACUCUUUUUGUAUCUCACUGGCAAUUGAGACUAUUUUUCAGGCAUACUGUUAAUCACAGAACACUUUUGCAUGUACAGUAUACGAAGGUGUAAUGAUAUAGGAUGUUUCUUCCUUUUAGCUAUGGGGAUACUGAGACACAACUCCAGUUAAGGAGAUUCACUUGGAUACCUGUAUAUUUUCCCUCUACCCAGCUAGGGACCUCUUAGUAAAAGUGGAGGGUUUUACAUACUAUUCUCACUUAAGGCUCUCAUACUCUUUGCAGGUAGGGUUCUCAUUGUAAAAUGGCUGCUCACUAUUAUGGGUACAUAAGACUAUUCCUUAAUGUUCUGAAUUUUUAGGUGGAGUCCAAUAAUUCUGAUGUUAGUAGUAGGAAUUUACCCCCCUCCCUAGCAUGAAUAUUUUGUUUUAAAAUGUCCUCUGACAAUGCCAUGUUUCCUCUAGUGAAAGCAGCUGCUGUUUUAGUAGAUCUAUGAUUGGAUAGAAUAGCCUGAUUAAACCAGGGAGGAAGCAGAUUGUGUAGGGAAGGGAGAUAAUGUCGUAUUACACUGCCAUGAAGCCAAUCAGAUUUAACUUGUUAUUACUGGCAUUAACCAAGGAAACAUGUUUUCAUAGAAGCAUUUGAAAAGGAUGAAACUGAGGCUUUUUCAGGACUACCAAGAGCAGCACAACAGUUACCCUUAAGAGCAACAUGCCUGGAAAUUGGAAAAGCUAGAUGGUAUGUUGGGAAAACGAAUUGUUUUAAUGGCAGUUUUAAUUCUGAUUCUGUGCAUGUUUAUUCAGAAGUACAAACUAUUAAGCUUUAGGUUCACAUUUGAUGCAAAGCUUUGAGAAAAAAAUACCUGAGACUGUGCAAUCAUUGCACUUUAGCUCUGUGGCUCUUUGUUGCGUUUACUGUCUUAUGUUCCACUUGUGCCAAUAUAUAUGGGAAAAAUCCUUUCAACAGAUUUCAGUGUUUUUAAACAGAAGCAACAUGAGGCAAAUGUGGAAAAAUUAUUUUAUACCAAAAUGUGAUCAGUGCUUUUUCAAAAUGGAUGUUUAUGUUAAUGAGUACAUUUGUAAAUUUAGUUUUGCUUGGGGAAGGGAUAUGCAUGGUUUAUUGUAAUGUGUAAUCUCUGUGCUUCAGGGAAACUGCUGUUUGUAAUUAUGAUGAGUUUUGGAAUACGAGACAGAAUUUUCCCACAGCAUAAAAGUAACCAUUCAAUGUAAUGUAAAGUUUUUUCAGUAAAUACUAGAGAUAGUGCAUAAUAAAAAUCAUGAAAUUCAAUCUGUUCAUAAUAAAAUUUUAUACUGAA